UUGAUCCACCAUCAGCUGCUGACUGAGGCUCGGCCUUUCAGGGUCCUUGCUGUUUAGGGCUUGCCUGAGAGGCACCUAGCAGUUUGUAUUACUGUGUGUCUCUUGGGUGUUAGGUUUACAGUGACCCCUUUGUGACCACCAGCAUGACAGCAAUAUCAGAGCAGGCAGCUUGAGAAUUGCACUCAAAUUCCUUUGUGCCUCAAUUCUGGGGGAGGGGAGAGAAGAUAAGAGAGUGACAAAGCAUAAACUGUGAGGUUUUCAAACUCUCCAUUUACAUCUGCCCGAUUUAAAAACACUCCAGUCAAUAAAUCUUUAGUGAGUAAAAAUUGAAUAUUAACAAAACAAAUGCAAGGACCCAAGUGUUGACCUCAAAGCAAUGACCAUCCAAAGUAAAAAAUGCAUUUAAAUUUACCUAGGAUAAAUAGAUAUAUGUAUAACAAAUGAAAGUUUCAUAGCAUAAUACCCAUUUUUACUGCAUGCAAUGCAGAUUGGUAUUUCAUGUGUAAUUUUAAAAAUUUCUGAAAAAAAAAUAAAAAAUUCUGACGGGAACCAGAGAUUAUAGGACCAAUGACGCAAGCAAUUAGAAAAGUAUAACCUUAGAUGAAAACAAUGGAAAUAAAGGUGUUUCAUACAGAUGUAAAAUGAACGCAUAUGGAAGCUUUCACUUAACUCACUAACCAAAGAACCACAAAGAUCAAACAAGAGAAGCCAAAGAAGAUUCUAGAAGACUAUAGAUAUUGAAAUAAAUGUGCACAGGGAGGCAAAACUGGCUUCUUCUGAAGUGGGAAGAAUUAUUUACAUGUACUUACUUACAUGGAGAGAGAGUUUAUUGCCUACAGACUAGAAUAAUUUUGCAUCAUUCUCAGUCAUCUGCACUGUGCAGAGUUGAACAAAUAGCUCGAAGGCUAGAACCCUGUAACCUGGAAGGAUGUGUUCUAGACAAUGCAUCAUUUUCAUUGAGGCAUAAAGUUUCUUUACAGUCUCAUAACCUCAAUGAAAGCUACCGCUAAAAAAAGAAAGAAAGAAAGAAAGAAAGAAAGAAAGAAAGAAAGAAAGAAAGAAAGAAAGAAAGAAAGAAAGCUACCGCUGAUCAUAAACUAAGACUGGUCUCAUUAGAUUCGGCCUGGUUGUUUACAUAGGUACGGGCAUGUUAAUUCACCAUAAAGGCCUUCUUGAGUUUGCUUUGCUGGAAGCCUUCAUAAGGAAUCUCAGAUGGGAUUUUUAGAAGUCUGGUAUUUGCUCUUCCAAGGUACGGAAGCCAUGCUCGAAAAGGUCUCUCCACCAGAUUUCACGUAUACCACUUACGAAUGUGAGCAAAUUCUUGUCUGUAUUCUUGAGGUCCCCGGAAUAAGCCUGAAGUAUGUGACACUUGUUAAAUUGUCACAGAAUCAUUUCAGAAAAGAUGAAAUCAUUGCUCUCCUACUGAUAUCAAAUAAACAGAUGUUAAUGAUUUUAUUUAACACAAUAAUGAGGGAGCAUAUACAAUGUGGCAGAUUAAAUGAGACAAUGUAUAUAAAGUACUUAGUGUGGGGCCGGGCAUACAGGCAAAAAACCCUUCAAAUCCUUCUUGGGCUCGUCACAAUAGCAGCAAACUACCUAUUUCUCUAGGGCUUCUAUUCAAGUGUUUCUCAAAGCACAGUCCAUGGUGCCAGAGCCUCAUGGGGUACUUGUUAAAAAUCCAGAUUCUUGAAUCCCUCUCCAGAUCCGCUGUCAGAAUUUUAAUUUUUUUUUUUUUUAUGAUAGUCACAGAGAGAGAGAGAGAGAGAGAGAGACACAGGCAGAGGGAGAAGCAGGCUCCAUGCACCGGGAGCCCGACGUGGGAUUCGAUCUGGGGUCUCCAGGAUCGCACCCUGGGCCAAAGGCAGGCGCCAAACCGCUGCGCCACCCAGGGAUCCCUGCUGUCAGAAUUUUAGAUGGAAAUCCAAGCAUUUGCAUUCUUAUCAAGGGCCCAGGGGAAUUCUUAUGAAGACCAGAAUUACACACACAACUAAUUAUUAUUUUUUUUAAGAUUUAUUUAUUUAUUCAUGAUAGAGAGAGAGAGAGAGAGGGAGAGGCAGAGACACAGGCAGAGGGAGAAGCAGGCUCCAUGCCAGGAGCCCGACGUGGGACUCGAUCCCGGAACUCCAGGAUCGCGCCCUAGGCCAAAGGCAGGUGCUAAACCGCUGAGCCACCCAGGGAUCCCCACACACAACUAAUUAUAAUAAAGCUUGCAUGGAAACUUUACCUAACCUAAUUAUAUGGAUUCACCCUUUCUAUUCUCUUUCAUUUUUUAAAAUUCUGUCUGAUUUUUAUUUUUUUUUAAGAUUUUAUUUAUUUAUUCAUGAGAGACAGAGAGAGGCAGAGACACAGGCAGAGGGAGAAGCUGACUCCUUGCAGGGAGCCCUAUGCGGGACUCGAUCCUGGUACCGGGUAUCAUGUCCUGAGCUGAAGGCAGACAUUCAACCUUUGAGCCACCCACGUGUCCCUCCGUCUUAUUUUUUAAACACUGAUUUUAAGUAGGGCAUUUUAGACCGGAUGCUUCUUUAUGGAGUAUAGGAGAAGCUGUCCUGGGCACUGUCGGUUGUUGAGCAGCAUCCUUGGCCCCUACCCAAGUAGCAUGCCCUGCCUCCUAGGUGUAACAACCAAAAAUGUCUCUGGACAUCGCCAAAUGUUGCCUGGGAACCAAAUCACCCCGACUGACAACCACCAAUCUUAACCCACUUCAUUGAUACCUGUGGUCAGAAUCCUCAAUUUGAAAAGAACAUUUUAACUUAUUUUAAGAGGUUAGGCUCUGAAGGCAGACACCGGAAUCUUCAACGCUGACUCCGUCUUUCUUGGCCUGCUCUUGGUCACAGGAACCUAAGAUUAAGCCAUAGUUCUCCUCUAUGAUGUGAAAGAACAGUGGACUCUAAUGGACAAGGUGAUUUGGAAGAUAAAAUGGGUUAGUGCAUGCAAAGCCCUUUGGGUCGUGCCAGGCACAUUGCUGUAUUUGGUAAAUAUCAAAUAUUGUAAUCACAGUCCUUUAGACUCUAGAAGGACGUGUCAGUCAGGAUCCAGCUGGGAAAACAGAAACUACUGUUAAGAUCUCACCUGGGAAUUUCCUUGCAGUCCCUGGUGCUGGAGGAGCUGAGAGGCCAAACAGGAACUGGUAGACCACGCACAGGCCAGAGCAGAUGGUUCAGAGGGGUGAUGUAUGGACUGAUGAUUGUGGCUGAAGAAGAGAGUGGUGUCCGCAGAGCUGGCGGGCAGCCCCGGACAGCCAGGUCACAGAGAGAGAGAGAGAGAGAGAGGCAGAGACACAGGCAGAGGGAGAAGCAGGCUCCAUGCACCGGGAGCCCGACGUGGGAUUCGAUCCCGGGUCUCCAGGAUCGCGCCCCGGGCCAAAGACAGGCGCCAAACCACUGCGCCACCCAGGGAUCCCCCCAGGGCCCUUUAAUAGGCCAGAAGCCACGGAGCCCUGAGUGACUGUGGAGUCUCUGGACACCUCUGCGGCCCUAUCGCCUCCCAGCUGAGGCAGCGCCAGCACUGGCUCAUGCACAAGGACGGAGCCCCCGGACCGCCAAGUUCCCCACCAGGGAGGAGGAGGAGGAGGAGGAAGAGAAAUCCCUCUGCCAGGGCCUGAGCGUGGCCUGCGGGACAGGCCAUCGUCCCAGAAUGCCCCUGCCAGAGCCCAGCGAGCAGAAGGGUGAGAGUGUGAAGGCUGGGCAGGAGCCGUCCCCGGAGUCCCCUGAGCCGGGCACAGAUGUCGUUCCCACAGCCCCCACGAAGCCUGAAGAGUUCUCUAAACUGGUCCUGCUGACCGUCUCCACAGAGAACGUGGAUGGGGUGGACUCCCAGCCUGAAGGAGGACACUGUGUUGUGUCCCUGGAGAUGUCUGGCCCUGACACCCUGGCCAGGAUGCCCCAGAUCCUGACAGUGGAGGAGCAAGUGGGGGCAGUCCAGCCAACCCUCCAGGCCCCUGAGCAGUAUCGCAGCAAGCCAGACACAGCAGCCCCCAAGCCCCUGGAGUUCCUGAGGACCCCUUUCGGGGGCCGCCUCCUGGUGCUCGAGUGCUUCCUAUACAAGCAGGAGAAGGCCGUGGGGGACAAGGUGUACUGGAAGUGCCGUGAGCACUGUGAGCUGGGCUGCCGGGGCCGGGCCAUCACCCGAGGCCCCUGGGCCACAGUGAUGCGGGGUCAUUGCCACCCACCUGAUGAGGAAGGCCUGGAGGCCCGGCGCCAGAGACAGAAGCCGCCUAGCCCAGCCCUGCCUGAAGGCUUGGGGGACCCAGAGGGUCCCGGAGGAGGCCGAGUGGAGGAGCCGCUAGAAGGGGUGGGCCCGUGGCGGUGCCCUGAGGAGCCAGAGCCUGCCCCCACAUUGGUGCUAAGCAAGCCUGCUGCAGAGGAGGAUGAAGGGCUACGAGCCCUGUCGCUGCUGAGCUUGCCCCCCAAGAAACGCCCGACACUGGGGAUUGGAGAACUCCGGCCCCCCCUGGAAUUCCUGAGGACGUGCUAUGGGGGCAGCUUCCUGGUGCACCAGUCCUUCCUCUACAAGCGGGAGAAGGCCGUGGGGGACAAGGUGUACUGGACCUGCCGGGACCAUGCGCUACACAGCUGCCGCAGCCGGGCCAUCACCCAGGGCCAGCGGGUAACCGUGAUGCGGGGCCACUGCCACCCGCCUGACAUGGAGGGCCUAGAGGCCCGGCGGCAGCAGGAGAAGGCCAUGGAGACGCUGCAGGCCAGGCCUGGUAGGCCUGGGGACCAGGCGGACCAGCUGCCUCAAGGCGUGGACAGCCUGCUCUGCCGCAGGGGGCCCGGGACCCUGACUCUCAGCAGAGCCCGGCCUAGAAAACGCCCAAAAGUCCUCCCGGCCCAGCCCCCAGCCCUGCCAGGAUCCCCUGCUGAGGACCAGGACGAGGACCUGGGAGGCCCUGAGUUCUUGAGGACCCCCCUGGGGGGCAGCUUCCUGGUGUACGAGUCCUUCCUGUACAGGCGGGAGAAGGCGGUGGGGGAGAAGGUGUACUGGACGUGCCGGGACCAGGCCCGCAUGGGCUGCCGCAGCCGGGCCAUCACCCAGGGCCAGCGGGUGAUGGUGAUGCGGGGCCACUGCCACCCGCCCGACCUGGGGGGGCUGGAGGCCCUGAGGCAGCAGGAGAAGCGCCCGGGGGGAGCUCAGCGGGGGAGCCCAGGAGGCCCUGAGUUCCUGAGGACCCCCCUGGGGGGCAGCUUCCUGGUAUAUGAGUCCUUCCUGUACAGGCGGGAGAAGGCAGCGGGGGAGAAGGUGUACUGGACGUGCCGGGACCAGGCCCGCAUGGGCUGCCGCAGCCGGGCCAUCACCCAGGGCCAGCGGGUGAUGGUGAUGCGCAGGCACUGCCACCCGCCCGACCUGGGGGGGCUGGAGGCCCUGAGGCAGCGGGAGCAGAUCCCCAGCCCGGCCCAGAGGGAAGGCUCAGGAGCCCUCCAGCCUCUGGAGUUCCUGAGGACGUCCCUUGGGGGCAGGUUCCUGGUGUACAAGUCCUUCCUCUACAGGAAGGAGAAGGCGGUGGGGGAGAAGGUGUACUGGAUGUGCCGGGACCAGGCCCGGCUGGGCUGCCGCAGCCGGGCCAUCACCCAGGGCCAGCUGGUGACGGUGAUGCGUAGCCACUGCCACCUGCCCGACCUGGCAGGCCUGGAGGCCCUGAGGCAGCGGGAGCAGCUCCCCAGCGUGGCCCCGCAGGAGGACCCAGAAAAGGUGAAACUUCCACCGGAAGUGCAGCUGUGCGUCCAGCCUGGUUCUCCGGAAAGCCAGCAGUUGUGUGGAAUCUCAGAGGCCCGGGCACGUCCCAGGACUCCCCGAGUGGGAGAUACGACUUCUCAGGAGUGUCAGUUCCCCCCAGGACAGGCUUGCAGAGAGAGCCGGGAACCCUGGAGCAGCCUCCCCUCUUAAAGGAAAUGGCAGGUGAACGGUACGAAGCUGGACAGCGGGCCCAGUGAGGCCAGCCUCCUUCCCGACUCGAGCGGCUGAGCCUCCACGCUGCCGACGUCAGGGAUGGUCUGAGCGUACCCAGGCCCCUGGCGUUACCCUCCCAGUUAGAUUCUGCUUCACAAAGACUUUCUUCCACUCGUCCGAAGCACUGGCCUUCAUGUUUCUCCAAGGGCCUCAUACCUGGACGGCGUCUCCGGGCGGGCAGGCAGGAGCGCCAGGAGCUGGCGGCUGCAGGUGUGCGUGACCGGGGACGGGCCCGGCCCAUGAAGGUCCGAAGAAGCCUCUUGACACGGAGACGCCUCCUCCCCACUGUGCUGCCCUGAGCUGCAAACGCCCGCCUGUUUCCAGAGCCUGGGACUUUGCCCAGGACUUUCCCGUUUCCCAGGGUCCUGCCUUGGCCAGGGCGCACUGAGAGCCUCCUGCUGCUUCCAGCCGAGCGCCCCGUGAAGCUGUCGCCUCCCCAGGUGUUUCUGGACGGGUGCCAGGGCGGCGUCCGCACACCCCUCACAGUAGCAGGGCAGGCCAGAGCAGAGGCCUUGCCACACCCUCUCAGCACCUCUUUCCUUUGCUCUCUUCCGACUGAAAUUAAAGCCAGGGUCCGCGAUUGCCGUAGCAUGUGGCGUUCCCCGCAGCGGGAGCCAGUCCCGGACAGACGCUACUGGCCAGCAACGUCUGGGUUGCCCACAUUUGUGUGAUGCAGGACGACAGGCAGGCCCAGGGGGCGGCGAGGCCCACCCGCCUCUCCCAUCUGGCAGCGUAACAGAGAGCUGGCCUCGCAGGCCCGAGGAGAAGCAGGCUGGUGUGGCCCAGAGCUCCAGAGGCCGCUGCUGGCUGACUGGGCUGCGGCCUCCCCACGGGGUUCCUCACCGCCAGCUGUAGGUACAGAGAGCGCAUAGCUGGCUGUGGAGCCUGCUGUCUGGCACUGGAGCAGCGACGGCUUGGGACCCCACUGUCCCUCCACGCGUAGAUUUGCUGCCAAUAAACCCUCUUUUAUAUCUCACCGUGUAGAACUGGUAUGUACGCCCACGUCCCCUUUGCAAGGACAGUUGGCCGCUGUGAAGCCACACGCACUGUGUCUCCGUGCAAGGUUGGGAGUGAUGGAGUUUGGCCAGGCACCCCCAGAAGAGACCCCCACACAGGAGGCAGUGCCAGGUACCUGGCCCAGAUGUCAGCUGGAGCAGGAGCAGGUGGGGGUGCUCUGGAGCAGUGGCCAAGGGGUCCGCUCCAAGCACACAGGGCUGCGGCCCCAGCUGGCCAUUGCCUUUGUGUCGCUGAAACACCUCGAUUCUCUGCUGCUGCCCCUCACCCUGAGCCCCACCGCACUCUCAGAAACUGGGGCAAGCUGGAAAUGGAAUGACUACCCCAAGGACAGGGCACUUAGACCCCCAAUCAGACCCUGGCUCCCCUCCCAGGCAAAUAAGUGCCCCAUCAGUUGACCCAGUUGCAGCCCCAUGGGGCCCUAGCCUCGCAGCCUUGGCAGCGGUCGAGAGGACGGUGCAGGGACGUAGCAGGUAGGAGGCAGGUGUCUGCCAGAGGACCCCUGUGCUGACGGCCCUCAGCAGUGGACGCCCCACGCAGGGGCCGUUUCAAGCAAUGCUCUUGGCCACACAGCAUGCUGCCCUGAGACAAUGAGCUGCCCACGGCCGAUGCCAGACACAGCCCUGUGGGAACAGAUAGGACACCCAAUCCCAGAUCCAUCUUUGUGUCACACAUACGCAUGCCCUCGGGCAGUGGCCACACCUGGAGGAGAGUCUGUGCCUCUACCAGUUGAGUCUGCUCAGCUCCACUGUGGAAGGGGAGCCCCCCACAGGCGUGAGGUGCUCCAGCAAGAAGUGCUGAGUCCCCACAGCUGCUGCAACCUGCAAAGCCACCUGCAGGGACACUGAGUUCCUCAUUCUCAAGUCCCAUGGCCCUCAGCUUGGCUGCGCUCUGGGAUGCAGCACAAGGAGAGUCACAGAGGGACCUAGGCUUCUCUUCACUCCUGGACACUCAUGCUGACGGGGGCCUGCGUGCUCCUCUCUGCUCCUGCUUGGACCUCAGAGGACACACGGAUGCUCUGUGGCACUUGAACUGACUCCCAGAUGGACAGGAAUUUUGACACCGCCAUCCCCUUGGGUGCCCCAUGGCUGCUCCGAGCUCCGCAUGCUUCCUCCCAUAGGUCUGCUUCCUCCAGAGUCCAGAGCCCCUCCCGUCACAGAGCAGAGUGCACAAGGGCAGGUGGCCAGGAAGCUGGCGCCUCAGUGGAUGGAUGGAGACUGAUCGGCAGGGCAAUGCCCGCUCCCUCCCUGCUCCUGCUCUGCUGCUACUUUCCCCCAGUAAGCCCCAUUGUAGGAUGUCUCCACCACCGGAGCAGGUCAUUUGUGUGCCCGCCCCCUCUGCGUGAUGGUGAGCAACAAUUAUGAAAUUAUGUUUCAAUUAUGGCAUUAAAAAAACUUCACUAGGAAUAACAGAAA